ACAUGUCUUUCACUGGAAGGUAUGAGCUGGAAAGCCAGGAGAACUAUGAUGAUUUCAUGAAGCUUAUUGGUAUUCCUGCAGAAACCAUUGAAAAGGGAAGAAAUUUUAAGUUCACCACAGAAGUUGCCCAGAACGGAAAUACGUUCACCUGGUCCCAGAUCUAUCCAGGUCACACUAUGACCAACAAUUUCACUGUUGGACAAGAGUCUGAAAUGCAGACCAUGAGUGGGAAAAAGUUUAAAGCAGUUGUAAAGCUUGAAGGUGGAAAACUAUUGGUGAACUUUGACAAAUACAUCCAUACAUCGGAGAUUGUCAAUGGAAAUCUGGUGGAGACUUCUGUUGCUGGUGGUGUUUCUUUCAAGAGAAUCAGUAAAAGGGUGGCAUAA